AUGGUGAAAUCAAAAACCGUUAGUGAAAGUAUAUAUAUAUAUACAGCUGUUUUUCUUUUUCUGCAUGAUACAGUGACAAAUGUAACAACAACACAAACAGCCUUAUGCAUAAUACCACCGAAACAUGUGUGGAAACAAAUUCAAUCGAUUCGUUCAAUACACGACCAAGCUUAUCCACGUUGGAUGCCACAUAUUAAUCUAAUAUAUCCGUUUACAGCUGAAAAAAAAUUCGAUAACAUUAAAGCUCAAUUAAAACCUGUUGUUAAUCGAAAAACACCCUUUCAAAUCGUAUUCGAUCUAUCAUCAUUUGAUUAUAUCGGACAACGAGAUGACCAAUGUACAUUUCACUUAAGACCGAAAAUCAGUACAGAUGCUGUUGAACUUCAAAAAGUAAUUAAAAAUAAACGCGCAUUUGAAGCACACCUUACACUUGGUCAAGCAACAGUGUCGAAAAUUUCCGAUAUACUUGAUGAAAUAAAAGCUCGAUGGACAACAACUGAAUUUACUGUUGAUCGUGUCUAUAUGAUUAGUAGAGAAAAUCAUCCAGAGAAUUUAUUUACAAUUAAUAAUUUACACUUGAUUUUGAUUCAAAUUCAAUGGGUUUUGAUCCAAUGA